AUGGCUGCGUGGAGCAAAGCAAUGUGGUCCCAUCUCCCAAGCUGCUUUGGCUACCCCUUGAGCAUCUUCUUCAUCAUCAUCAAUGAGUUCUGCGAGCGGUUCUCCUACUAUGGCAUGCGAGCGGUGCUCGUUUUGUAUUUCAAAUACUUCCUGCAAUGGGAUGACAACUUGUCGACAGCCAUCUACCACACGUUCGUUGCUCUGUGCUACUUGACACCGAUCCUUGGAGCUAUCGUUGCAGACUCUUGGCUGGGAAAGUUUAAGACCAUUGUCUCCCUGUCCAUUGUCUACACGAUUGGGCAGGCGGUCAUGGCUGUGAGCUCCAUAAAUGACCUGACGGAUCAAACCCAGGAUGGCUCUCCUGAUAACAUACCAGUGCACAUUGCACUGUCCAUGAUUGGCUUGAUCCUCAUUGCGCUUGGUACUGGUGGGAUCAAACCUUGCGUGUCAGCGUUUGGUGGAGAUCAGUUUGAAGAGGAUCAGGAUAAACAAAGAUCUAGAUUCUUCUCUAUCUUUUAUUUGUCCAUAAAUGCUGGAAGUCUCCUAUCUACUAUAAUCACCCCAAUUCUCAGAGCUCAAGAGUGUGGCAUUCACAGCAAACAGCGAUGUUACCCACUAGCUUUUGGAGUUCCUGCUGCCCUCAUGGCUAUCUCCUUGGUUGUAUUCAUAGCUGGAAGCGGAAUGUACAAGAAAGCUAAACCUCAAGGAAAUAUAAUGGUUCAAGUUUCCAAAUGCAUUGGAUUUGCCAUCAAAAACCGGUUUCGGCAUCGCAGCAAGGAGUUCCCCAAGAGAGAGCACUGGCUAGACUGGGCGAGUGAGAAGUAUGACAAACGACUGAUUGCUCAGACUAAGAUGGUGUUGAAGGUGCUUUUCCUUUACAUUCCUCUCCCCAUGUUCUGGGCGCUUUUUGACCAGCAGGGAUCAAGAUGGACACUGCAAGCCACAACAAUGGAUGGGAAUUUUGGAGCUAUUCAGAUUCAGCCAGACCAAAUGCAGACUGUGAACCCAAUCCUGAUUAUUAUAAUGGUCCCAGUUGUAGACGCUGUGGUUUAUCCUUUAAUCAAGAAAUGCAAGAUUAACUUUACGCCCCUGAGGAAGAUCACUGUUGGUAUGUUCCUUGCAUCUUUGGCUUUCGUUGCUGCUGCCCUUGUGCAAGUCCAAAUAGACAAAACUCUUCCAGUUUUCCCUGCAGCUGAGCAAUCCCAAAUCAAAAUAAUAAACCUCGGUACUGAUAAUGCAUCAAUUAAGUUUGAACCUGAACUUGGGCACGUGGAUGUCGCAUCUAUGGGCUCGACGGGCUACAUGAUAUUUGAGACUUCUCGGUUGCAAUCAUUAAAAGUAACUUCCGGAAAUAAAACUCAACUUGACACUAUCGAGUUGCCAGGCGGAAAGCGCCACACUCUUGCAGUUAAAAAUAACGAGACUGACCUUGUUGUUAAAUGGCUGCUUGACAAUGUCACAUCAAAACCAGAAGAAGGAAAUAAUCUCAUCAGGUUCUUAAACAAUUUGCCCGACCCUGUCAACGUCACCAUGGGGGAAACUUCUUUUGGUAAUCUGGCACCUCUUUCUGACAGUAAUUAUGAACUCUUUCCAGGAGGAAGACAAGAUGGCAUUACAGUUGUUAGAAAUUCAAUUACUUGUUUAAAUACUUCAAAAGCACUUGGAUUUGGUAGUGCCUAUACAAUUGUAAUUAAUGAGUGUUCCAGAGACAAUCUUACAGUAACAUAUUCUGAAGAUAUCUCACCCAACACAGUCCACAUGGCCUGGCAGAUCCCUCAGUAUUUUAUUCUUACAUGUGCAGAAGUAGUCUUCUCCGUCACUGGGCUGGAGUUUUCAUACUCACAGGCGCCAUCUAAUAUGAAGGCAGUGCUGCAGGCAGGGUGGCUGCUAACGGUGGCUGUUGGCAACAUCAUUGUCCUUAUCGUGGCUGGAGCAUCCAAACUCAGUGAGCAGUGGGCAGAGUAUGUGCUGUUUGCUGCCUUGCUGUUGGCAGUUUGCAUCAUUUUUGCUGUCAUGGCUUAUUUUUACACCUAUGUCGAUCCAAAUGAGAUUGAAGCACAAUUUGAUGAGGAAGAAAAGAACCAAGUCAAAAAAGAUCCAGACCUCUAUGAAAAGAAAGCUGAAGCUGACUCUGAAAUGUAAAAGUUGUAUUCAAGAAGUGUUUGUAAAUUAUGGCAUCCCGUUAACUAUCCCUGCAGUAAGAGGAAUCAGGGUAUCGGUAACACCUCUGGAUAAUAUGUUCAAUGGGAGAGGUUAAGAAAAAACUGUUUUAACUUGAAAUGCAGCCUCUCUUGGGAAGCAAGAGCAAAAGAUUAGUCUCUCUUGUACUGAACAUAGUAUCCUGAAGAAACUCCAGCAGAAUUUGCACUCUUAAUGUACCUCAAGCUUAAAUAAUAUAGCAUUAAAAUAUUGAAAUUGCACUUGGCACUAUUAGACCCUGUGAAAAGAUGUAUUUUCUUUUUUAUACUACAUUUCAAUUUUAUAUCAUGAAAGAAACAAGUAUUGCCAAGAAAUAGUAAUCGAAGCCAAGCUGUCUGCAUGAUCCCUCUAGCCUCAUUGUUACUUGAAAGCAGCAGGCCACGUGUGCCUUAAAUUCUUUUGUACUUCCGUACAGAUAAUGGGAGCAAAGCUCUGGCAUUGCUGAGAUUAAAAUGCUGUCUGUGCUCCACACGGCGGUAACUUGGACCUGCACUGUAAUAUGAUGUUUUAUGUGCCUGUUAACUACCCAUUUAACCCCUGUUAUGUUUUUAAUUAAAUGUAUUAAUGAGGUGUGUCCACUCAGGUAAACAGACGAUGGCAAAUGACAUU